AGCUCAGCUUACCACCAUGUGUCGCCUUACACCAAGCGCGCUGCUUCUUCCCGCGCUGCUGGCUGCGCUGCUUCCAGCGCCACUCCAAGCGGAUCUGAAGACCUUGGACUGGGCGCGAUGUGGGGUGAAGGGCCAUGCUAAGCGGAGGAUCGUCAACGGAAAGGACGCCGAGGAGUGCGUGUGGCGUUGGCAGGUGAGCAUCAACUCCAACAGCUAUGGACAAUUUUGCGGUGGCACUCUCAUCGGCGAGAGCUGGGUGCUCACUGCUGCACACUGCGUGGCCAGUGUGAAGAGCCACUGCGCCGUGCGAAAUCUUCGGAUCAGAGCAGGGGCGCAUGUUCGGAGACAGGAUAUGUCCCAUGAUGAUCACACUGUAGAGCGACAGGUGACGAAAGUUUUCGUGCAUCCAUUGUACCAAAAGAAUGUGAAACAUGACUACGACUUUGCCUUGCUGAAGCUGGACAAGGCAGUUCCUUUGAAUCGCUGCAUCGGCACCGCGUGCCUGCCGAGUGAGAACCGCUGCGGGGAGGUGGAGACGGGCUGCAGCAUCACGGGCCACCAAGAUGAACUCAAGAGACUCUGAGAAGGAACCUCUCGCACACCCCUCUCCCCUAACCAGCAGUGAAUAAGCCGGCCCGAGACCGACUAGACCAAAGUUCCUCCUGAUUGUCGAUCAGUUGAAGCUGUCCAUCUAAAGCAGUGCGUGAUGCAUAGUGGGAUAGAAACAUAUCUUAGGCUUCUUCCUUCCAGAUCAUAUUUGCACAAAUCUUCAAUCCUCACUGAAGAAGAUCCUAAUCGAUGAUGACCUAUGAAUCAGAAAAAUGACCUUCAUGCUGUUGAUGCAUCACAACCACUGGUAGCAUUUGGUAGCCACUUCGGAUUCUUUUUUGCGCCGGCCCUGACUCAUCCGAGGUUGGGGGACCUUGAAUUCCCAAGGCCGCACGCCAGAGGUUUUGCAGGAAGCACCCGUGAAGGUCUUCCCCACCGAGGCCUGUGAGAAGAACUACAGCAAGACCAAGGAC